GUUUAUGAAGGACAACAUAGUACGAGUGUUCGUUUUCGGAUCAAUUUGCAAAAGAAUUGGAGAAGGAGACCUUAACAUUAUUGUACAUCAUAUUUUUGAUGACUGCUGCUGCAAGUACAUGCUUUCCCCUUGCUAUCGUCUAGUUUUGCUGACUCUCAUUUCCUACCAAGUUCUCUUAACCUAUAAGAAGAAAGCAAUGGUAAUCACACCUCAAGCAGGUCUCUUCGACUCAAAUUUGGUGCAGGGUUUAGCCAUUGAAAUACUUCUGAUCUUACCCACUCCAACUCCCUUCACCCAAAUGAUUCGAGUAGACUUCAAUCAGCGAUACACAGGUGAGCUACGAUUUUACUACUUGAAUGAAAUAUUAACCUAUAUCCUCACCUUCAGAGUUAUUCUGUUGAUAAAUAUUACACUUAAAUUUUCGUCCUUUUACAGCAGUCAAAUUGGCAGAUUGUGGUUCAAAUAUUUAUUCUAAUAUUUAGUCGUCUCUACUCUACUGAUUUUGACACUCACUUGGUGUUCAAGUUGUGCAUGAAGGAUCUCCCUGGUUACACACUCAUGGGGUUGUUCAUCACUGGAAUGCUUCUCUUUGGCUACAGCAUGGAGAUCGCUGAGAGAUCUCUAUAAAGGAACGAGGUGCAACAACAUAGUGUGUACAGUGUAAUGACCUCUAUGUGGGUCACUCUCACCACCAUUGCCACUGUCGGAUAUGGCGAGUUCUAUCCGACUACUGAUUUGGGUCGUAUCUCGAUGGCCAUCUGUGUGUUCUGGGGAGUGUCGUACACUUCCCUCUUUACAGCAAUGCUGGAUUCAAUGUUCGAGAGGAUGAAUUGUGAGGAGAUGGUCUGGGCCUUGUUGGAAAAGACCAGCGUCACCAACGUCAUGAAAUAAUUCAGUCAGGAUUUGAUUGUGAGGAUCCAAAAGAUGAAAAUUAAAAAAUUACAACAUAAUAACAUACACCUUAUUCAGGACUCUAUCAAUGCUCUCAAGUAGAUGAAGAGGUAAUACAGGAAUAUUGAUGGCGAAGACUCCAUGUCAAAAGCGAAACGAAAGUUCAAGGACAUCAAUUUCAUGUUCCAAGAGUACUACCUCUUACUGAAGGAAUUUAAACGUCUGCAAUUGAUUAACACCAUCAAUUACCACUAUGUGUGUGAGUCACAAGCUAGUUGCAGUUAGAAACAACACUCACAUCACUUGUAAACAUGUGAUAAACAGAGCAAAGAUGAACCCAUUUAUUAAGAAUCAGAGCAGGAAGAAUCUGAUCUACUUGUGAUGGAGUUUCAUGUUUGA